UGCGCUGUCAACUUGUCAAUCGUAAUUUCACUGUUUGGCCGAAGCACCACAAACCUAGUCUGAAGCCUGCUGUUGCAGCCAUUUCAGUUAUUGCUUGGGAUAACCCAUUCCUACUUCUUGGCGUUGACAUGCCUUAAGAUCAUGAUUCCCAUCAGCAUUGUCACAAGCUUCAUAUACGGGAACACAUUUGAAAUAAACUUGCCAGAACGUUGUCGGCGUAUACAGGACUCAUUGCACCAUGGACGGACAGGAUCGCGUUGCAACUCCAGCUGAAGAAACAACACCACUACUCACAAACAACAACACCGAUGUGGCACAGGCUCAAGACGCUGAUAACAAUGACCCAUCACAAGACGUUGAAGCCGGUAUGCCAGCAGCGAAUGGUCAACCAAGGACACCGCGAAGUAUCAUCGUCAUGACAGCUCUGAUCAUGCCUUUGGCAGUCUUGGAGAUCGCAACAUACAUUGCAGGGAUCCCCCUCGGUCAGACUGUACCAUGGUGGGCCACAUACCAAGUACAACCUCUCAUCACUCUUACUAUCCUAGCCUCCGUUGCCGCGAUAAUUAAUAUCGUCCUGAUCCGUCGCCGUGGGACUCCAUUAGCAUUUCCUCUCAAUCUCAUCAUCGACAUUGCUCUCGGACUUUCUAUCUGGUCUUCUGUGGCGCCAGUGUUGGACCAUAUAUUGGGCAGAUACCCUGAGACAUCCGAGAUAUUGCUGAUCUUGACAUUUGUGUUCGGAUUUAUCAUUGCGUUAUUGUUCUUCGCCCUCUUCAUUGUGCGCUGCAUCGCUUUCAUCCGAGAUCAGCGUCGACAGAGCACCUGGAGUGUUCCGACAGGAGGAGUGACAUUUGAGUUUUCCAUCAAGUUCUUCAGGCAGGAGAACACGGGGACGCCUGCGCCAUGAACGUAGACCCUAGGCCCGACUGCGAUGAUCCACUCAGAAUUGGUAGCCUGGGGCAGCAAUAAAUUGUCAGCGGGUAAUAUCAAAUGACUUCUGACAGUAUAACGCUGAGUAAAUAUCGGGCAUGGACUUAGCCGAUC